CGCGGGCGCCUUGGUCGGGGGCUUCCUCUCCUGCGCUCCGCUCGGCUUCUGGUGGUGCCUUCAUCCAGGGUCCAGGAUGACGAUCCGACACCAAGGCCAACAGUACAGGCCGAGGAUGGCAUUUCUGCAGAAGAUCGAAGCCCUGGUGAAGGACAUGCAGAACCCGGAGACAGGGGUCAGGAUGCAGAACCAGAAGGUUCUGGUCACCAGUGUCCCUCACGCCAUGACAGGAAGUGACGUUCUACAAUGGAUAGCCCAGCGGCUUUGGAUCUCCAAUCUGGAGGCACAGAACUUGGGCAACUUUAUUGUCAAGUAUGGCUACAUUUACCCCCUGCAAGAUCCCAGGAAUCUCGUUCUCAAGCCUGACAACAGCCUCUACCGAUUUCAGACGCCGUAUUUCUGGCCCACCCAGCAGUGGCCGGCUGAAGAUACAGACUAUGCCAUCUAUCUAGCCAAGCGAAAUAUAAAGAAGAAAGGGAUUUUAGAAGAAUAUGAAAAGGAAAAUUACAAUUUCUUGAACAAAAAAAUUAACUACAAAUGGGACUUUGUCAUUAUGCAGGCCAAAGAGCAGUACAGGACCGGGAAGGAAAGGACUAAGGCAGACAGGUAUGCGUUGGAUUGCCAGGAGAAGGCGUAUUGGCUGGUCCACCGAUGCCCCCCGGGAAUGAACAACGUGCUGGACUAUGGCCUGGACCGAGUGACCAAUCCGAAUGAGGUUCAGAAACAAACAAUCACUGCUGUCAGGAAAGAGAUCAUGUAUUACCAACAGGCCUUAAUGAGGUCCACCGUGAAGUCUUCAGUGUCCCUUGGAGGGAUCGUCAAAUACAGUGAGCAGUUUCUGUCCAAUGACGCCAUCAUGUCAGGCUGCCUCCCCAGCAAUCCUUGGAUAACAGACGACACCCAGUUCUGGGACUUAAAUGCCAAAUUGGUGGAAAUCCCAACCAAGAUGCGAGUGGAAAGAUGGGCUUUCAACUUCAGUGAGCUGAUCCGAGACCCCAAGGGCCGGCAGAGCUUCCAGUACUUUCUCAAGAAAGAAUUCAGUGGGGAGAAUCUGGGAUUCUGGGAAGCCUGUGAAGAUCUGAAGUACGGAGAUCAGUCCAAGGUCAAGGAGAAAGCAGAGGAGAUUUACAAGCUCUUCUUGGCCCCAGGGGCGAGACGGUGGAUAAACAUAGAUGGCAAAACCAUGGACAUCACCGUCAAGGGGCUGAGACAUCCUCACCGCUAUGUGUUAGAUGCGGCGCAGACUCACAUCUACAUGCUCAUGAAGAAGGAUUCUUACGCCCGCUAUUUAAAAUCUCCAAUCUAUAAGGAAAUGCUGGCCAAAGCUAUUGAACCGCAGGGAACCACCAAGAGAAGCUCUGGCCUCCCUUUCAUGCGGCGCCACCUGCGCUCCAGCCCGAGCCCCGUGAUCCUGAGGCAGCUGGAAGAAGAAGCCAAGGCUCGAGAAGCAGCCAACACGGUGGACAUCACCCAGCCGGGCCCGCACACUGCUCCCAGCCCUCACCUGGCCGUGUACACCGGGACCUGCGUGCCCCCCUCUCCUUCCAGUCCCUUCUCCCCAUCCUGCCGCUCCCCCAGGAGGCCCUUCCCCUCACCCAGCCGCUUCAUCAGGAGGCCCAGCAGCGCCAUCUGCCCCUCACCCAUUAGGGUGGCCUUGGAGAGCUCUGAGCAGAAGGGCGAGGCCAGCGGAUCCAGUGCCUGCCCGGGGCCCUCCGACACUGACAUGAGGGAGGCCUGUGCCGCCGAGAACCCCUGGCCCCGGCCCCAGCCCAAGGCCCCGCCCAAGGCCCGAGUGGCUCUGUCCUUCAGCAGGUUUCUGAGACGGGGCUGUCUAGCCUCCCCCGUCUUUGCAAGGCUCUCUCCCAAGUGCCCCCCUGUGUCCCACGGGAAGGUGCAGCCCCUGGGGGAUGUGGGCCAGCAGCUGCCUCGGCUGAAAUCCAGGAGAGUAGCGAACUUUUUCCAGAUCAAAGUGGACGUGCCCGCGCGGAGCGGAGCCUGCCUGAUGGAACCGGAGGACGGCGGGACAGGAGACUCGGGUGACCAGGCCAUAGAGAAGGAGGUCAUCUGCCCCUGGGAGAGCCUGGCCCAGGGGAAAGCCAGCUGAGCCAGGGGCCCCGGACCAAGAAGACGCUCCCGGCAGACCCCGCCAGAUGGGACCAGGGGCACGCUUGCCCUCGAACCGAAGUGCAUUGCGAUCACAUUUGGGGGCCGGAGAGACAAGAUGGGUGGGGUUAUGGGGACGUGUGCGCUGGCUGGGGUCCCGAUGGCCAAUUCCUACCCUUCUUCCUGACCUUUCCUCCCUUGGGCAGAAGAAAGGCACGUGGAUCAGAGGACUUGACUUGCUGCCUUAAAACCGAUAAAAGGUUAACUUCUAAGGGUCUCUUGGA